AUGGCACGCACCAAACAAACAGCUAAGAAAACUACCGGAGCUAUUGGCCAACGUGCCGAUAUCCCGCCACCAACCAACACCUUCCAGGCAGGCAGCGGGCAAACAGGCACCCCACUACAGACCCACACAACCACCUCCGCUAAUAACGACACAGACGGGUUCAUUGCCUUUACCUCUGAAGAUCUCGGCGAGGACAACCCAAAUGGUGGCAAGAUGCUCAGCUGUGUGAAGUGCCCUCGAUGGACCUGUUACGAUAUCGUUGGAGAUGGUGAUGGCGAGGGCUGUAUAACAAUUGCCUCUGCAGAUGUGCUAACUGAAGAUACUGCUUUUGUGUGCCCCGCCUGCCACCGAAAUGGUUCCCCAAUUGCCGCACCCUACUACGGAUUCUAUACCAAAGCAUUUGAACCCAUUGAAGGCGCCGUAAUCAACGUAUCCUGCACGACACUCGCCUUCUUCCCAAAGUUGAAUACCGCCGAAACUCUGCUGUUGCUCAUUGCAGUUUGUGGAGCUGAGCGCAUGGACGAGCCCGCCAUGGCCACUUAUCAACUCCUCCAUCAGUUUUUUGGGCGUGGCCAAGGCAACUUGAAUUAUGCCACUAUCUUCUAUGAUCUGGCGAACUCUGCUGGCAGUGGAAGGUACGAGUCUGAUAUUGCCAAGGCGGUUGCAUUUAUCAAAAGCCGCACCUGUCGAGUUGUUGUGUUCUUCGUGACGCACACUACACCCGAUGGUGACCUUCACUUUUCACGCCCUCGCCCUGCAAACCGUUCGAAAGGCGCCGCCAUGCUUCCUGGGCACAGCCAUACUCCCGCAACCGUUCUCAACCGCAUAUUCACCGAGCAGUUUCUUUCUGCCCUGCAAUGGAUACCCGACACCUCCCUGUUCCUCCUCAUUUGCGGUGGAUACUGCGGCCAUACUGAGACAAUGGAAUGGGUCAAUUCUGUUGUGCGACGCCAAUCUUUCCGCGAAGUUAUCUCCUUCACCAACAAACGCUUCCAGCCCUUUUGGGCUUCGUCUUUUUGCGCCAAAUACGUCCAAUCCUUCUAUCUUGAGGAUGUCAAGUAUCCUAUUGCGAUGGAGCAAAUAUUGGCUGGGGAUGCUAGGUUGGGCAUUGCGUCUGACGUCGUCAUCGUCUCCCGCGACAAGGACAGCCUCCCAGGGGUUCGAAGGGAUCUGUAUUAUUGGGCGCAAGAAAAACACUCCCCUUAUGGUUUCCGCAUCCCCAGCCAGUGUCCCACCUGUCUCCGCUUGGGAACAAUCACCAGUUCUACGCCCAGUGACUUUCAUGGUACGAAACUCCGGAUUUACUGCACCCGCCGCACCAAUGGAAAACGCUGCACUUUUGAACAGCUGGAGUUGAUCAAAGAAGGUAGAAGUAAAGGAUCUGAGCUUCUGUAUGGUCGGUGGUUCACCGAAAUCUUCUAA